AUGAAGAAAGCUACAGAAGAUCUCGCCAACAUGAGAAUCGAACAAGAGAAGCAGGCCCAGGAGCUAGAGAAGCUGAGAGCUGAAGAGGCUAGGAACUAUCAACUUGCGGAGGAGGAGCUGGUGAGAGAACAGCAGAGAUUGUAUGAUGAGAUACAGAAGCAGAGACAAGAGGGGGAGAGACCACCGUUGCCACCGAGGAUUAAUACGGACGUGGAGGAUGCUGCACCGCCUUUACCGAGAAGGCCUGUUUCUACAGCUGGGAGGCCAGUAUCAUAUGUAGCUCCGCCGGCUCAGAACUCGUAUCUUUUGCCACAGAGUCAGACACAAGCGCUUUCUAGCCCUUUGCAAAGCUAUAUACCACCCCCUACACCUGGACCUCCUCCUGCUCGGGCUGCGACCCCUAUCCAACUACAGUCUGGUGGGUAUGUGUCGCCUGCUGUCGUUCUUCCUGGGCAGGCUUCGCAGCAGACACCAUACUAUCCUCCACCACCGCAGAGCCCUCAAGCACAACCUUCUCCGAGAGUUCAGGAGCACACAAGGCAACGGAACUCGUAUCACGCACCAGCUCCAGCAAGUCCUCAACCGCAACAGGCAAGCAACCUAUCUUAUCCGCCACCUCCAUCUGUUCAAAGUCCACCUCAACAACAACCUAUCGUUCAACCCAGGCCCGUCUCUGCGCCAAAGCCUCUUCGCGUCAGAACCCCCGAACCAGCACAGCUGCAUGCUUGCGGUGCAAAGGCUGGUCUCGAAUGCUCGGGCUCACUAACAUCUUUCCCCCAACACUGGUUCUAUCACGCUGCUGUACCAGAGUUCGUCAUUUGUGUUCGCUGCUAUUUAGAUCUUAUCUACGACACCAAAUUCAGGGACUCGUUCCGAAAGGUCUUCUACGACGAUGGAAAUAAGCGCAGAUGUCGAUUUAACACCAGGCGGAUCAAAGAUACAUUACUCCCCGAAGCCGUUGAGUCUGGUAGUCUUGACAAGCUUGUCGAGUUUAUGAAGAGGCGAAUCAUCAUCAAAGACUGCAGGGAACAAAACAUCACCGAGGGAGAGUCGUGGUACAAAGCAGCUGAUAUUCCAAACGGGACAAUUUGUGAGGCUUGCUUCGAGGAUGGUCUCAUAACUUCGUCGUUUGCCAAGUAUUAUCAGCUCUUACCCAAUGAAGGCGGUGCUUAUUGUGAUCUAAGCGUAUGGUUCCUCAAACGCAAGUUCAUGGACUAUGCGAAAGAGAACAAAUGGGCCCAAUUCUGUCAAGAGUUCAACCAGCGCGCACAAAUACCGGAAUGUCCCAAGAUCGACACUAUCAACGCCAAUGAGCGUGUAUGGUACAAGCCUAAAAAUGGACCGAGGGACCUACAGGCUUGUGCAGCGUGUUAUCACGACUACUUCUAUGCUUCUGAGGAUCAGGAUAAAUGGCAGCAGGUUGCUGGAGGAAACUUCCAGACCAGGUGUAUUCUUGGGCAGUUGAACCACAUCAUUCCAAUGCAUCAGGCACUGGAUGAUGAGGAUAGAAGUCUUUUUUGGAAUGCAGCGUGGGAAAUGGACAAGUACCCUGUUUGCAACAGGGAGGGAACGAAAGGAAGCUCGUGGUAUACACCUAUCAACGAUCCUCCCGGCUGGGGAAUAUGCGCGGCGUGUUAUGAGGGCAUCAUCAAACCAAUUGGAGGGGCACGAUGGUUCAUGAAAGACAACAGCACCAAGCCAGACGAAUUGUAUCUCUGCGGCUUCAGCUUGGGCCAUCCACGAGCAGUUCAGGCUCUCGAAGCAUAUGUUAGCGCACGAAAUUGGGGAGACAGCAAGCUCUUCCUUGACUGGACUGCACAAUGGGGCCAUGUUCAACAAUGUCCAAGGAAGAACUUUAGCAAGAAUAGACGAUGGUGGGGAUGGGGAGUCUUGGCUAUCUGUGAAGAUUGCUAUGCUUCUUUCGCAAAGGGAACAGCACUCGAGCCUCGCUUUGCACUCGUUGGCGUGAGAGAGCCAGAAAAGGAGCGUAUGUGCGAUAUCUACUCACCGCGUAUGAGAGGUCUUUACGCCGAGGCCUGCAAAACUGGGGAUCUAGAAGGUCUCUUGGCUGCUGGAGAGCAAAGACAUGUCGUUUACACGCAGACAAUCAUGCAAUGUAAGCAGAUCCUCAAUCAGCAAAAGAUAGCAGCCAUGCAGGCGCAGAUGUUGGGCACACAGGGUACCUUUUAUAAGAGCAUGGGAUGGGCUCAAGAUGCUACUAUGGGACAUAGCUAUACUGUUGGAAACUCGUAUGCUGGGUAUGGCCAUGCAAAUGAAUGGGUUAUGCAGGGGUAUUCGUAUGAUAGACAGUCGAGAGAGGCUGCGGCGGAGGUCAUGAGCGGAGGGCCUCUUAUGAGGAUACAGAUGCUUGAGGCGAGAUGGAGGGAGGUCGAGUAA